AUGUUUCGUCAGGAUCAGAAAUUGUUCUUGAAAGCAUAUAAGGCUUUGGUACCAGCUAUACGCAAACUAAGUCUUAAAGAACAUCAAGGUAUAUCGCUGCUUAAACAGGCCGACAUACCUGUUGCACCAUUUGGUGUUUCUCGAAAUGUUGAUGAAUUAUAUAAUGAAGCUCGAAAAAUUGGUGGUAAAGAUCUCGUUAUAAAAGCUCAAGUAUUGACCGGUGGACGAGGAAAGGGAUAUUUUGAGUCAGGUUUGGAAGGUGGAGUACAACUGGUUUUUUCUCCUGAAGAAGCACGUGAAAAGGCUUCAAUGAUGUUGGGUUCGAAAAUUUUCACUAAACAAACAGGUGCAUCUGGUAAACUUUGCGAUGAAGUAAUGGUUUGCAAACGAUUGUUUACACGACGGGAAUUCUACUUUUCUAUUACAAUGGAUAGACAUACCGGAGGUCCAGUAGCUAUAGGUUCAUCAAAAGGAGGCGUUAACAUUGAAGAAGUGGCAGCGAAAGAUCCCAGUGCUAUCGUCAAAUGUCCAAUCAAUAUAUUUGAAGGCAUGAAAGAUGCAGAAGCCAGUUCAGUGGCAGAUCGUAUGGGUUUCAAGGAUGAUCUCCGAAUACAAGCAGCGAACAUUUUUAAAAAGUUAUACAACUUAUUUAUUAAAUAUGAUGCAACACUUAUUGAAAUCAACCCAAUGGCGGAAGAUAUUAGUGGAAAACUAUAUUGUUUGGAUUGUAAGCUGAAUAUUGAUUCAAAUGCGAGUCAUCGGCAAACAGAAUUAUUUGCUAUGGAGGAUCAACAGCAACAGGAUCCUCUGGAAUUGCGUGCAGCAAAAGCUGAUCUUAAUUAUAUUCGACUGGAUGGUAACAUUGGCUGUAUGGUGAAUGGAGCUGGACUGGCAAUGGCAACUAUGGAUAUAAUUAAGCUUCAUGGUGGUGACCCAGCGAAUUUUCUUGAUGUUGGUGGUGGUGCUACCGUUGAGCAAGUUGCUGAAGCUUUUCGGAUUAUCACUGCAGAUAAAGAUAAAGUUAAUGCCAUCCUUGUGAAUAUUUUUGGUGGAAUCAUGCGUUGUGACGUCAUUGCGCAAGGUAUGAUCAACGCUGUCAAUGAACUUCAGCUCAAGGUUCCCGUUGUUGUUCGGUUGCAAGGUACUCGUGUUGAAGAUGCCAAAGCAUUGAUUGCAGCUGCGAACUUGCGAAUGAUUUCAUGCGACGACUUAGAUCAAGCUGCAAAAAUGGUUGUAAAAUUAUCAGAAAUAAUUCAACUAGCACGAUCCGUACCAGUUGAUGUCUCUUUCCAGCUUCCUUCUUAA